CGCUACGAUGCCAUGAUGGUCGACGACUUGAAUGAUGUUCGCAUUAUUGGAAGCAUUACAAUAACCAUACUCCUGGCUAUAGCUUUAGUGGGCAUGAACUGGGAAGCCAGAGCACAGGUGGUUCUUUUAGCUAUUUUAACAUGUGCCAUUGUAAACUUCUUUGUGGGGUUAUUCAUACCUCCCAGUGCUGAACAGUACUCCAGAGGUUUCAUGGGGUUUCAUG